AUGAUUGUGAUUUUGUUACUUUUCGCGGCUGCUGUGUUGCUAUUUUUAAGAUGGCUUUAUUCGCAUUUUCAACAGCGGUAUCGGUUCUGGUCGGAACGUCAGAUUCCCUACCUGAAGCCGCGCUUUCCGGUCGGCAACGUCGGUGAAACGCUCGCAUCGAAAGUCCACUUUGCCUACAUCGUGGAAGGCCUCUACCGGCAGCUGAAACAUCACGGUGACUAUGCGGGAAUUUACUUUUUUCGCGAUCCGGUGCUGCUGGUGUUGACGCCGGAGUUUGCCAAAACCGUGUUGGUGAAGGAUUUUAACUACUUCAUCGAUCGGGGUGUGUACAGUAAUGAACGGGACGAUCCGCUUUCGGCGAAUCUUUUCUUCCUCGAAGGACACCGUUGGAGACGGUUGAGGGCUAAAUUGACGCCGACUUUUACCUCCGGGCGAUUGAAGGCGAUGUUUCAUACAAUUUUGGCUGUUGGCCAGCAACUGGAUGGGUAUUUGGCAGAAUACACGAAGGGCACCAGCGAGGUUGAGAUCAAAGAUUUGCUGGCCCGAUUUACGACGGACAUCAUCGGAUCGUGUGCGUUCGGGAUUGAUUGUAACAGUUUGGAGAAUCCUCGCUCGAAGUUCCGCGAAAUGGGCAAACGGAUGAUCAACUUUCCGAAGCUGAAAGCACUGAAGCUGUUCUUUGCGAUGAUGUUCCGCGAGGCGGCUAGAAAGAUGCGAGUUCGAUUCAACGAUGAAGAUGUGUCGGAUUUUUUCUUCGCGGUUGUUAGAGAUACGAUUAAAUAUCGAGAGGAUAAUGAUGUUCGGCGGAAUGAUUUCAUGCAGCUGCUGAUUGAUUUGAAAAACAAGGGAGUGAUUGAGUGUGAGAGUGAGGCACAGGUGGGUGACGCGGGCGCGGACCGUCUGGAGAAGCUGACCUUUGAGGAAAUUGCUGCCCAGGCAUUUGUGUUCUUUUUUGCUGGUUUUGAAACUUCGGCCACAACAAUGACGUGCGUGUUGUAUCUACUUGCUACUCAUCCUGUGAUUCAGGAAAAUGGACGACGUUGCGUGAAUGAUGUUUUGGGCAAACAUGAUGGAAAAUUUAGUUAUGAAGCUCUGAUGGAAAUGAAUUAUAUUGAUUGGAUCAUUCAAGAAACCCUUCGACUAUAUCCACCGGUGGCAAGCAUUCAUCGUAUUACAUCGAAACCAUAUAAACUACCAAAUGGUUCCGUUAUUCCGGAAGGAACUGGCGUGUUGAUAUCGAAUUUGGCAUUCCAGCGGGACCCAGCGUAUUUUCCUGAACCACUCAGCUUUCGACCGGAGCGAUUUUCAGAGGCGGAGAAAGAAGGUCGGCAUCAUUUCUGCCACCUUCCUUUCGGUGAAGGCCCACGGAUCUGCAUAGGCAUGCGGUUCGGCAUGCUGCAGAGCAGAAUGGGAAUUGCUUUACUGCUGAAAAACUACCGCUUUGGAGUGUGCUCCAAAACGCCAAUUCCGCUGAAAAUCGAUCCGGUUGCCUUGAUACAAGGUCCGGCCGGUGAUGUCUGGUUGGAAAUCAAAAGCAUACAAAUGUGGAUCUACCUGGUAAUUGCUGUUAUUACGCUAUCGGUUUGGUUCGUGCGGAAAAAAUACUCCCACUGGGAGCGUUUGGGAGUGCCUUUCAUCAAGCCACGGUUUCCGUUCGGAAACCUACAGGCUUUCGGACGCCGCAUGCAUUCCUCCCAGCUGAUGACAAGCUUCUAUCGGGAAAUGAAAGGAAAAUACUCCUUCUGUGGGAUCUUUUUCUUCACCAAUCCGGUGGCGUUGGCGUUGGAUUUGGAUUUCAUCAAAAACGUUUUGGUGCGGGAUUUCGCGUACUUUCACGAUCGCGGAAUGUACUACAACGAGAAGGAUGACCCUAUUUCGGGUCAUUUGUUCAACAUUGAAGGAACCAAGUGGACCAAUCUGCGAAAGAAGCUGAUCCCUACGUUUUCAUCCGGCAAAAUAAAAAUGAUGUGCCCAACGGUAGUGUCCGUGGCGGAUCGUUUUCGAGAGUGCAUCGAGCGGAGCAUCGUCGACGAGCCCGAGGUGGAAAUGAAAGAACUGCUGGCUCGAUUUACCACCGAUGUAAUUGGAAGCUGCGCUUUCGGAAUCGAUUGCAACAGUUUGAACGAUCCGGAUGUGGAAUUUCUGCGAAUGGGAAAAAAAGUUUUCGAAUUAUCCGGAAGGGGGAGAAUUCUAAAAUUCUUUUUCAUGGCCACCUUUAAAGAGUUUGCGAAAAAGAUGCACAUCAAGGGAACAGCGGACGACGUUUCAUCUUUCUUCUUCAAGGUUGUCCGAGAGACAAUCGAAUAUCGAGAGAAGAACAACGUUCAAAGGAAUGAUUUUAUGAAUUUGCUGAUUCAACUCAAACAGAAGGGGGAACUGGAUGACUCCGGCGAACAGGUGGGUACACUGAGUCUCAACGAAGUGGUUGCGCAAGCUUUCGUGUUUUUCCUGGGUGGCUUCGAGACGUCCAGCACAACGAUGUCUUACUGCCUGUACGAGUUAUCUCUGAACGAGGACGUGCAAGAUACCGCCCGACAGUGCGUGCGAGAGGCCGUCGCGAAGCAUGGAGGCUUGAACUAUGAAGCACUGAUGGAUAUGGAUUACAUUGAACAGUGUAUUAAUGAAUCUCUCAGAAAAUACCCACCCGGAGCGAACCUAUUGCGCAGUGUGACGAAAGACUACACCGUACCGAACUCCGAUGUGGUAUUCAAGAAGGGAAUGAACGUGAUGGUUCCGGUGUACGCGAUUCACCACGAUGCCGAGUACUAUCCCGACCCGGAACGCUUCGAUCCGGAGCGUUUCAGUGCAGAGGAAUGUGCCCUGAGGAAACCGUUCACUUUUAUGCCGUUUGGAGAGGGACCCCGGAUCUGCAUUGCGGCUCGGUUUGGAAUUAUGGAAACCAAAGUCGGCCUGGCUACGUUGCUGCUAAAUUUCCGAUUUUCCAAAUGCUCCAAAUCCGUUGUGCCGUUGGUUAUUUCCCCGAAGCAUGCAGUACUUACACCGGAGGGUGGUUUGUGGUUGAAGGUGGAGAAGUUGGAAAAAGUAGCGUAGUGGAGGUAAACUGUGAUAUGUUUUAAAUUAUAUUUUAAAUUUUUUAAUCUCCGAAUUAUUAGCUUUUUUUUUGUUUGUUAAAUUUAUAUGAUUUGUAUUGCAUAACAGUUAUUGACAAACAGAAUCAUAAGUUCAUAUAGCACAGAUGUGCCGAAAUACUACUAAACGAUUUUAUAAACGAGAAUUAAUAAGUUUAUGAGCAUAAAUUAGCCCAAUAAAUCGGUGCUAUAACGAUAU